GAAAACCCAGACGAAGAGAAUAUAUAUUUCAAAUCACUACGGCAAUUGCAAAAAAAAAAAAAAAAAGAGUAAAGGCGCACACGAGAAAACCAGAUCUUUUCCUCUUCGUCUACUUCUUCCGUCUCUGUUGCAUGAAGAACGCUUGCCUCCGCGGGUAGAAUCUCCACGCUACUUUCCCGGGAGAAUCGGAUUCCGCUCGAGAGGGGGAUUCUGUUUUUAUUUUUCGGAAAUCCUGGAAGCUUCGAUCCUGAUCGGAGAGAUCAUGCCUCGUUGAGGUCUGCUUGACUCUUUGGUGCUGGAUCGCGGCUUCAAUUUGCUGGGCAAAUGAUCGACAUGCAUUUCUAUUGAAUCCGCCAAUCUUCAAUCCCCUUCCCCCUUUGAAUUGAUAUGUCAGGAGUCGAAGAAAUCGGAACCUUUGAUGAGAUUAGAGAGAGAAAGUCAGACUUUGAAAUCUCAGAAGACGAAAGAAGGCGCUCGAAAAUAGGGAAUUUGAGAAAGAAGGCAAUAAAUGCUUCAAACAAGUUUACUCAUUCUUUAAAGAAAAGAGGGAAAAGGAAAAUAGACUACCGGAUUCCUUCAGUUUCCAUUGAGGAUGUACGGGACGAAAAAGAGGAAAGUUUUGUACUUGAAUUUCGUCGUAAGCUUCUUGAGAGGGAUUUGUUGCCUCCUAGACAUGAUGAGUACCAUACUCUUCUGAGAUUUUUGAAAGCUAGGGAGUUUAACAUUGAGAAAACCAUCCAGAUGUGGGAGGAAAUGCUUAGAUGGAGAAAAGACUAUGGGACAGAAACCAUACUAGAGGAUUUUAAUUUUCAAGAGCUGGAAGAGGUAUUGCAGUAUUAUCCUCAAGGGUAUCAUGGAGUUGACAAGGAAGGCAGGCCUAUCUACAUUGAAAGACUUGGCAAAGCUCAUCCUACAAAGCUUAUGCGUAUUACCACCAUAGAUCGAUAUCUAAAAUACCAUGUGCAAGAAUUUGAGAGGGCUCUCCUGGAGAAAUUCCCUGCAUGCUCCAUUGCGGCAAAGCGCCGAAUCUGUUCCACAACCACAAUCCUGGAUGUGCAAGGAUUGGGGAUGAAGAACUUCUCACCUACAGCUGCAAGUCUCUUAGCUGCUAUGUCAAAAAUAGACAAUAACUACUACCCUGAGACCUUGCACAGAAUGUACAUAGUAAAUGCAGGAACUGGUUUCAAGAAGAUGCUUUGGCCUGCGGCCCAGAAGUUUCUGGAUGCUAGGACAAUAGCAAAGAUACAUGUGCUAGAGCCCAAAGCUUUGUCCAAGUUACUUGAAGUAAUCGAUUCAAGUCAGUUGCCAGACUUCUUAGGAGGGUCAUGCACUUGCUUUCCUGAAGGAGGGUGUCUUCGUUCUAACAAAGGACCGUGGAAUGAUCCUGAAAUAGUGAAGCUCAUCCACAAUGGAGCAGCAACCCUUGUACGGCAAGUCACCAGAACGCUAAGUGACCCACAGAAUUCAUCCUCUUACCUUAGUAUACAUCCAUCAAAGGUUUCACAAACUGACAGUUCAGGAGCAGAGGGUGUAUCUUGUGCUGAUGAUUCCAGUUCUCUCGGUGGGAGAACGUGCUUGUCCUCUGCUCAUUUUAUCCCGGUUAAUGAGGAACAGGCUAGGGUAUCUGAUCCGAAUGGAUAUUACAGUUGUGAUGACAAGUUUCCCAUGCCUGAAAAGACUGUGAAAACCGGCCGUGAAAGGCAACAAUCCCAUUUCCAGAUGCGUGAAUUGGAUCAACAAACGGCUCAUAGUCUAAAAGAUGAAACCUCUCAAUCAGGUGCCCUAAUCGUCCGAUGGAUUCAUAAUUUGAAGGAAGCUGUCGACAAGACAAAAGCCGAGAAUCUAGCCAAAGGGCUGUUUUCAAUUAUGCUGAAACUAGUUUCACUUCUCCGAUUUAUCCGGUUCGAGGUUUCGAGAAAGCAGAACAUCGUUGUCACUCCAUCAAAUUCAACAGAAGAAGACAGGAGAAUUCCAAUCCAAACUCCUCCAGAGUCCACAAUGAAAGAUAUGAUCCUUCCAUGUUUGGAGCGGCUUCAGAAACUGGAGAAAGAGUACGAGGAUCUCCGGAAAAAACCCACGACAAUACCCGUGGAUAAGGACAGAAUGCUGAUGGAUUCUCUAGACAGGAUCAAGUCCGUUGAGUUUGACCUCGAGAAAACAAAGAGGGUUUUACAAGAGACGGUAAUGAAACAGAUCGAGAUAACUGAGAUGUUGGAAAAACUAAGGGAGUGUCAGCUUCACAGAAGAAGAUUCUUGUGCUGAAUGGUCAGAGGCGAAGACCGAUUUUUGCUAAAUCUUGAGGGCUUGAAGCCGCACCUUAAUCUUUUUUGGCAUUGGUCUUUUUUUUAUAACUAAUGGUCAAGAGUUUUUAUA